GAAAUACGGGUGCGGAACGAAUAACGGCCCCCCGAGGACGCUUGCUCUGGCUUGAGCAUGUUAUUGAUCCUUGUCAUGUUUGAGAUUGAUGCUAAAUAAAUGAAAAUAAAUCCAGAGCGUUGACGAAAAACUGAAGAUAAUAAGAAUACAUUCACCUUUGCGGAGCAGUCAGAUGUUCUACCAAGUCAGAGACAAGGGCACAAGACCACUAUGUACCAAGCGUGGGUCAUCAUCAACCAUCAAGAAAACUAUGUCCUGACUGGGAAUUGCACCUGUAUGGCGGGGUUCCUGAAGGCCAUGAGCGCCUUGUCUGCGGCCAGCGCUGUUCUGAUCUGGAGCCAGUGCUGGUGACAGGGACAUGGGCCUCUUCCUCAGGGCUUCCAGCACGCUCAGCACAAGCGACGACCUGGUCCACAGCGCCACUGAAAGGGACGCCAGGGCGGCGCCACCACAGGCCCAGCACGCAGCAGAACAUUGGGUCCCAAGCUCCUGGUAAACGCUCCACGUAGCCUUCUCUAAUGAGGAUGUCUGAUACUGUCACUGUAAAGGAGACGAGCGAAACCAUGAGAGGUCUGGAGGCUGAAGAAACCAACUCCGCGCCACGGGGCGACUGCCUCAGCAAGUCCGAGAGCCGGGAGCACGUAGAGCCUGACGGGGACGAGAACUGCUGCAACGAUAAGAGCGAGACGCAGUCUAACGCAAAGUUAAAGUUAGUUCGGAGCCUGGCCAUUUGUGAAGAACCCUCUCCUCCCCCAAUUACCUCUGAACUGCUGCCAGAACAUCAGGACGAGAUUCAGAUCAAACUUUCUCAAUCAUUCGACAAAGACGAUAUUCCAGUCAGUAAAAACGAAGAUGACCGAGAGAAAAGUGCGGAAAAAUUGGAGAACAUGCAGCACAAGAUGCUGUCAAGAGAUUCCAGUCAAGAAUACACCGACUCCACUGGCAUUGAUCUGCACGAGUUCUUGGUUAACACACUGAAAAACAACCCCAGGGACCGAAUGAUGCUGCUGAAGCUGGAACAAGACAUCCUCGACUUCAUCAGUAACAAUGAGAGCCUGAGAAGAAAGUUCCCCCCCAUGACCUCCUACCACAGAAUGCUCCUGCACCGAGUAGCUGCUUACUUUGGCUUAGACCACAACGUCGACCAAACCGGGAAAUGCGUGAUCAUCAACAAAACUAGCAAUACAAGAAUACCAGAUCAGAAGUUCUCCGAACACAUCAAAGACGACAAGACGGACGAUUUCCAGAAGCGUUACAUUUUAAAGAGAGACAACUCCAGCAUGGACAAAGACGACAGCUUGAUGCGGAUGAGGUUAAAGGAUGACAGGAGGAGUAAAUCAAUAGAAGAGCGCGAAGAGGAGUAUCAGCGGGCGAGAGAGAGAAUAUUUGCUGACGGUUUGGACACUUUCCCGCUUGAUAAAAGGAUCCAGGAGGACGACGUUUGCAACACGACGCAGCAGAGGCGGCAGGUUUUCAGGCUGAAACAUGGCCGCUCGGGGAAUGGGACCAGCCGCCAGAGCAGCUCGGAGACCGAAGCCCGUUCCUCUGAGCCGCGGCCGUGGAGCAGCACCGACUCGGACAGCUCGAACCGCAACCUGAAGCCAGUCAUAACGAAGGCGAGCAGCUUCAGCGGCAUCUCGCUGCUCAUCCGCGGAGACAGCUCCAGCAGUGGCAAGAGUGCCUCACGUCUGUCUAAAACGGGUUCUGACUCUUCUAGUAGCGUAGGUUCAUCUACGGGCUCGCUCUCUCGCUCUCUGCCUCCCCCUCCUGUGGCCUCAUCCCUAAUCCAGCCGGGCCACGCUGCGCCCUUGGCCUAUCCUACCAUCAGCACUAGUAGCAGUGUGUCCUGUGAGGGUGGCAGGAGCGGGGCGCCAACAACCGCAGCUAACGCUAGCUACUAUUUGCUUCCCCUGGAAGCGGCGGGAAUACCGCCCGGGAGCAUCCUGCUCAACCCGCACACAGGUCAGCCUUUUGUGAACCCGGAAGGCAGCGCCGUGGUCUUUAGCCCCAGCGUGGCUCCUCAGGCUUCCAGGCCCCAGCAGCCUUUGCCUCCUCCUCCUCCCCCUCCUCCUCCUCCGCCACCUCUACCUCCCGGCCCCCACCAGCAUCAGUCCACCAAUCAUGUCAUGUCUCAGCCCCUCUGGCCUGUCCAGCCUUCCGCUCAGCCUGUGCAGUACUCGGCGGUGUCUUACCCACCACAGCUCCUCUCCGUCUCCCCUAACCAACAGUACACUGUGCAAGACAACCUGAGCACUCAGUUCAGCCACAUGAGCUUAGCGCGGCAGCCGUCAGGCGAGGCCCGUGAUGCCCACACUGCCAUGUAUCCGUCCUCCGUGGUGCUCCAGGCUCCUCCCCCUCCCCCUCAGCAGCCCGGCUACAUGGUGCCCACGCCCGGGCAGAACAUGCCAACCCCAACCUACUCCACUCCUGCGCCAGGCCCAGUGCCCGUCAACCAGCCGGUGAUGCAGCAGCAGGGAUACAUGCAGCAGCCUAUGCAGCAGCAGAUGCCGUGUUACUGCGCACCAGGCCAGUACCCUCUGUCCGGCCAGCAGUAUCGGCCAGUUGGCACGGUGCAGUACAAUAGCCCUCAGAGCCAGCCGAUGCCCCCACCCCCUCCUGCUCCUACCCAACAGCCAGGUUACCAAACUGUGAUGCCAAAUCAGCAGCCGAGCUACCAGAGCGUGGUGCAGCAGCCGCCGAGUCAAACCCUGGUCAGUGGCCAACAUAGCAAUAUGGGAAAUCAAAUGCAAGGCAUGAUGGUCCAGUAUCCCUCAGUGCCAUCUUAUCAGGUAUCCAUGCCUCAAGGAUCCCAGCAGACAUAUCAGCAGCCAGUCAUUAUUCCCAGCCAGUCGAGCCAUGCUUCCAGCAUUCAGGUCUACUACAGUGUUAUACCACCAAAUCAACAGAACACCAUGAGCUCCGCAGUGGGAUUCCUACCCCCUCCAGGCACGGAGCAGAUGCCAUUCCCUCGCACGUCCUCCCCCUGCAGUUCCCAACAGAUUCCCGCCCAGCAGUGCUCAGGCGUACCUCCUCCACCCCCAGGUAGUGGCAUGGUGAUGAUGCAGCUCACAUUACCUCCAGGUCAGCAGCCACGGCCGCACUCGCCUCCACAGUGGAAACACAACAAGUACCACAGCCUGGACCAUCAACGCAGCCAGAAAUCCACCGACAUCUCCACUCUGGACGGUUCCCAAAGCAGCACUCAGCUCGGCAGCCCGUCCACAUCCCCAGCACAGUCACCCACUCCGUCCCACAUAACGAACGUCAAGAACGUCCGGCCCGGCCUCACUUCUCUUCCCAUCAUGCCUCAGUUCUCCAGAUCCAUUGUCCCAGGGCAAGGUGAUGCACGGUACCCUCUCCUCGGUCAACCUCUUCAGUACAACCCUCAGAUCCGCCCUCCUUUGCUCCACGCGCCCUCGAUGGUCACCAAUCACCAGGGUCCGGUGGGGAUUCGGCAUGGCGGUCGAGGCAGGAAGGGGCCCAGGAAGGCGCUCUCGACAGAUCUCAGUUGAGUAGAUGGCCAUGGGCGGUGACAGAGCUGCCCGAGGGUGUCAGUCAUGCACAGGCCGACCACCUGCAGGGGAAACUGUGCAGGGUGGGCCCCGUACGUACAGCGCCCGUACCUAGCCUCGUCCUCUGAGCCAGCCCCCACCUACACCAUCCUGUCCACAGUCCCCUCGAGGCAUAGUGUCCCAAGGGGCAAAAGACCUGCCACAGUGCCUGCCUGGCACCCUUCAGUCUCCCCCUCAGCAGAAGACGGUGAGCGGCGUGGCCUGGAGCGGAGAGGGCCGACUCUCAGCGAGAGCGUUAACUGUAACUGACCCCUACCAUGACCCUACAGCACCAGCACCCCCUGCUUUACUCAUCCUCACCCUCACCUUGUCCUCCUUUCUGACUCCGAGUUGCCCAGUUUUGUUUUGGUUUUAAAAAAAGAAUGUUCUUUUCCUCCCACACGUCUACACACAUUCGGGUUAUAGACGCUUGCAGGGGGGUGAGAGAUGUCUUUCUGAUGCUUUUGGGAAAAGGAAAACGAACUUCAGUUCAGACAUAUAAUGUCCUUUCUAUAUUUAAUUAACUGUAACAUAUCAAAGGGCAACCUGUAUUUGGGUUUUUUUUUUUUGUCUCUUUCUACUUUUUUUUUUUUUUAAUUUUAUCUCUCUCCCUUUUUAAAAAAAAAAAAAACUGUCAUCAGUCCAACGAUGUUUUUCCCAGUCCGACGCCGUUGAUCACAUUCACCCCUGUCUGAGGCCCUCCUGGUGCACAGCUGCCCCUCCGUCCCAGCCAUCACCCCCUCGGUGUGGUCAGAUCAUGGAGUCACCUGUGUGCCACGCAGUGGGUCUCAUGUUGUGCCUUCGAUCAGAGGCCGACUUUGCUUUUCUCCGAGAAAGGAAAACGAAGACGCCUCAGUGUCUAGUGUAAAAUGACGACCCACGCAUUGUUUUGUAAAUAAUUUUAUAUAGUAGCUGAAUAAUUCAAUCGUUUUCCUUUCCAUUGAACGUUGGGAUUAGGCACAGGCUGUUUGGUUUUUUUUUUUUUGUGGACAUCCCUCAAUUUUAACUUUAUUUAAGUUGUCACUGCAAAUCGUCCACUCCUCCUCACCGCUAUUUUAAUAAUCCUCAUCUCAAAUGGUUCUACUCCACCUGUCUCAGAUUCUCUUCCUCCUUGUCAGAAGUUUUGAUUUUCAAAAUAAAUCUUUAAAAAAAAAAAAAAAAAAUUAUAUACUGGGUCACUGGAAAAAAAAAAAAACCAACACAAUUUGCACAUUUAUACAAUUCGCUAUAUAAAUAUAUAUAAAUAAAUAAAUAAAUAUAUUUUUCUUUUAUUUCUCAAAGAAAAUGUGUGGAUCCUGAAAGGUUGUUCAAUGUUUACUGGUGUCAUUUUUAUUUCAGUUUGAAAACCAAUAAAUGUUUACACCAAAUGA